CCGACUCUGGGCGCUGCGCGCCGCAGCUGGUUUGCCUAAGUUCUGCGCUGCUGGUUUCGGUUGCUGUGGCUCGGGUGAGGGGCGUUUGAGGCGGGCUUCCGGGCUCCAGUCCCGCUGCCCUCAGCCGCGAGGAGCGCCCUUUCCGAAAAGUGAAGGGAGUGACCUGUGCGGAGGCUAACGGGUGGGUUCCUGCGGAGCCCCGCGUGGGUCGAUCAGCGCGCUCUCCCCCGUCUCUCUCCUGGGGUCCAGGGUUUUCCAGGAAGAGGAGGAGUAGGGCUGGCGAGGUUUGCCGACCCUGCAGCCGAGCCCUGCCGCCUGAGUGCAGCCUUCGGUCCCGAGGGGAAGGUCUGGCCAAGUUGAAGCUGCGGUUCCGGGAGCGGAGGGCGCCCCCUCUCACGCCCCACAGGCGACGCCCUGCGGAGCGGCCACCAAGCAGCGGGACUUCUGUGUCCUCGGAAGCUGCCCAUCUCGUUUUCACGCGAAAGCAGCGCGCCUGUCAACGCUGCGCACUCAAGUUUGCCCUGGCCGACGGAAGCGCGUGGCCUGGGUUGGGUUUGGCGGCCAGGCCUGCACGCUGCCGGCGGGACGUGGGAAUAAGGAGGUGAAACUGCUGCUGCUCUGGCCACCCCAGGCGCCUCGGGGAUCGCCGAGAGAUGAAGUGCGCGGCGCGGCGCUCGGUGCCUCCCGCUGUGCGGAGGAGGAAAUGCUCCCUGAAGGAUAUCGACCUGGCCUAGAAGACGCUUACACACGUGUCGCGAAAUGGGCAUUGUGUGCGCUCUCCUCGCAGUGAAAGAAACCGCUGUUUAGAGACGUUAUCGGAGAGAGCCCUCUUCUGCUCCCCUCCCCCCAGGUUCGUGAAUCGCAGUUACCCCGAGUGGGAGUUGAGAAAAGGCUGAAGUUCGAGGAACUGUCGGCUAGAGCAUCAGAGCUCCGUGAACAACGGGUUAAUUUGGCACUAUGGGGAUACAAGGACUACUACAGUUUAUCAAAGAAGCUUCUGAACCCAUCCAUGUGAGGAAAUAUAAAGGACAGACGGUAGCUGUGGAUACAUAUUGCUGGCUUCACAAAGGAGCCAUUGCUUGUGCUGAUAAACUAGCCAAAGGUGAACCUACUGAUCGGUAUGUGGGAUUUUGCAUGAAAUUUGUAAAUAUGUUAUUAUCUCAUGGAAUCAAACCUGUUCUUGUUUUUGAUGGAUGCACUUUACCUUCAAAAAAAGAAGUGGAAAGGUCUAGAAGAGAACGACGACAAGCCAAUCUCCUUAAGGGAAAACAGCUUCUUCGUGAGGGGAAAGUCUCGGAAGCUCGAGAAUGUUUUACCCGUUCUAUCAAUAUCACACAUGCUAUGGCUCACAAAGUGAUUAAAGCUGCUAGGUCUCAGGGAGUGGAUUGCCUUGUGGCUCCUUAUGAAGCUGAUGCACAAUUGGCCUAUCUUAACAAAGUUGGAAUUGUACAAGCAAUAAUCACAGAGGAUUCUGAUCUCCUAGCUUUUGGCUGUAAAAAGGUGAUUUUAAAAAUGGACCAAUAUGGAAAUGGACUAGAAAUUGAUCAAGCUCGGCUAGGAAUGUGUAGACAACUUGGGGAUGUAUUCACAGAAGAGAAAUUCCGUUACAUGUGUAUUCUUUCUGGCUGUGACUAUCUCUCAUCACUGCGUGGGAUUGGAUUAGCAAAGGCAUGCAAAGUGCUAAGACUGGCCAAUAAUCCUGACAUUGUAAAGGUUAUCAAGAAAAUUGGACAUUAUCUCAAGAUGAAUAUAACAGUACCUGAGGAUUACAUUGAAGGAUUUAUUCGAGCCAACAACACCUUCCUUUAUCAGCUAGUUUUUGAUCCCAUCAGAAGGAAACUCAUCCCUCUGAAUGCCUAUGAAGAUGACAUUGAUCCAGAAACACUAAGCUACGCUGGACAGUAUGUUGAUGAUGCCAUAGCUCUUCAGAUAGCACUUGGAAAUAAGGAUAUCAAUACUUUUGAGCAGAUUGAUGACUACAAUCCAGAUACCGCCAUGCCUGCCCAAACAAGAAGUCAUAGUUGGAACGACAAAGCCUGUCAAAAGACAUUUAAUGUUAAUAGCAUUUGGCAUAGGAAUUAUUGCCCUAGAAUUGAGUCGGAAAUUGUUUCAGAUGUUACACGAUUGAAGGAAAAUCCAAGCACUGUUGGCAUUGAACAAACUAUUAGUACCAAAGGAUUGAAUCUCCCAAGGAAGUUAUCCAUUUUGAAAAGACAAAGAAGUGAGCUGUCAGAAGAUGAUCUGUUGAGUCAGUAUUCUCUUUCAUUUACAAAGAAGACUAAGAAAAAUACCUGUGAAGAUAAUAAAUCAAUGAACUCUUCUGAAAUGUUUGUGCCUGACCUGGAAGAUGGAAGUACUAGUGAAAAAAGCUUGAAUACCCCACCAAAGACAAGAAAUAAGUUUGCAACAUUUUUGCAGAGAAAAAAUGCAGAAAGUAAUGGUGUUGUGGUUCCAGGAACCAGAAGCAGGUUUUUUUGUAGUUCUCUGGAUUCUGCUGAUUGCGUGUCAAAGAAAGAGAGCAACCAGGGUCUCAAUGAGACAGUUGUCACAGAAAAGGAGAGCACUCCAAGUCAAUCUGAAGACAAAAAACUGGAAACAUGUAAUUCAGAUGAUCAGAUUCCAGAAGAUGUUACUAUGUUUGUUGAUAAAGAGCCUCAGACUUUGAAGACCAGCAAAUUCACACGGACCAUUUCACCAUCCACUUUGGGGACGUUAAGAAGUUGUUUCAGUUGGUCUGGGAAUCUUAAAGAGUUUUCAAGAAGUCUGAGCCCCUCUACAAGCACAGCACUGCAGCAGUUCCAAAGAAGGAGCAGUUCCCCGACCUCUGUGCCUGAAAAUAGUAAGCUGUGUGAUGCAUCUCAGUUAAAGACUGAUGAGUCAGCUGAUGAAGUCCAUCCUUUCCAUGAAGAAGGUUGUUCUUCACAGUCUCAGGAAGGUGUGGAAUUAUCAUCACCACACAGUCUAAAUACAUCAAAACUGUCUCAGCCUUCCAGCAAAGAUUCCGAUUCAGAGGAAUCUGAUUGCAAUAUUAAAUCACUUGAUAAUCAAGAUAAUCAGAACUCUAAGCUGCAUUUAUCUCAUUUCUCGUCAAAAAGCACACUACUAAAGAAUAAGGUUCCUGGGCUACAUAAAUCUAGUUCUGCAGACUCCCUUUCUACCAAGAUCAAACCUCUGGUGCCUGCCAGAGCCAGUGGGCUGAGCAAGAAGUCCACCAGCAUCCAGAGGAGAAAUCACCAUAAUGCUGAGAACACGCCAGGAUUGCAGAUAAAAAUCAGUGAGCUGUGGAAAAAUUUUGGCUUUAAAAAAGAUUCCGAAAAGCUUCCUUCUUGUAAGAAGCCCCUGUCUCCAGUCAAAGAUAACAUCCAACUAACUCCAGAAAUGGAAGAGGAUAUAUUUAACAAGCCUGAAUGUGCUCAUGUUCAGAGAGCAAUAUUCUAACAAUUGCAAACUGCUAGGAGGCUGUUGCUUGCAAGAGAAUCUUAUCAAUUUGAAGUCCUUAUUUGAGAAUAAGGCAAUUACCAGCUUGAAAAAUUUGUUCUUAAAUCUAUGCCAUUUUAAGCAUAUAAUUUGUUUUGUAUAUUAACUAUGUAAGUCUUUUGCUCAGCUUUUUCAAUUUUCACAAGAAGCUAUAUUGAAGAACAAUUCUAUCUUUGACAGGUUUUGGAAGUUUUAAUUAAUUAGGAAAAUCCCCUGGAAUGUAUACAAUUCUGAAGAUUUCUGUUUGUCUAGUAAGAAGAUGUUAAAUAUAAAGCUACAAUUCUGUAUUUUUUUCUUAGAGGAAAUCUGUUUCUCCAGGGUUCCCUUUUUCCCACCUACUUUUCCUAUCAAUCCUCAGGUUGAAUUAAAAAUAAAGCUACUGGGAUGGCAGGUAUAGUUGAAAGGGUUAAAGAUCAGUAAACAAAUGGGACAAUACUCUGAUAUUCCUGAUGAGUUUGAUUGGAUUGCAGAUUGACAGUCCAGGACAACUAUUUUCAGCUGCAUGUGAGAGGAAUUACUUCUUUAUCAUUAAUAUUCUUUACUUAUUAUUUUUAUUUUAUUUGAAAGGCUGAGGGAGAGAGAGAGAUCUCUUCUGUCCACUGUUUUGCCCUCCAGAUUCCUGAAAUAGCCAAGGCUGGGAUAGGCCAAACCUGGGACCCUGGAACUCCAUCCAUCUGGUUGCCUAUGCAGGUGGCAGGGACUCAACUACUUGAGCCAUCAUCUGUUGCCUACCAGAAUACCCAUUAGCAGGAAGCUGUAUCAGAAUCAGAGUAACCAGGUCUUGAACUAUGCAUUCCAUGAUGAAGUAUGGCCAUCCCAAGCCACAGCUCAACCCAGUGCUCCACAGUGCCUGCCCUGAUCAUUAAUAUUCUUAGCUUAAAAUAACAUCACUUUUUCUUAAUAUAUACCUUUUUUAAAGUGUGGGCUUAAAGUUCCUUAACAUGUAUGAGUAUUUCAAAGUAGUGCACCAAAUACUGUGGGAUAUACUAAAGCUGCAAGGUCUGUUAAGUGUAUACACUACAGGGAAAUAGGCAGAUGCCUGGGAGGAACCAACAACCCAAGUGAAGAUCUGAAGGGAUAGGAAGUAGAGGGAUUAUAAGAGUGCAAAAGGAUACAGGGAAAAGGACCUAAAGUAUCCUCACUUUUAAAUAAAACUUAGUGGAGGGCUCUUGGGAAAAGAUAACAGAAUGAAACAAAAAAUAACCAAAAAUUCCUGCAUGAAAAUUUUAAAAGACCCAAUCAGGAAAGAUCUAAUCCAAAGAACAAAAGCAGAUUUGAAUUCCCUGUGAAUGUUUCCUAAUAUAAAACAAAUUAUGACUGUGAUUCAAACAUUGUCUAUAAAUAUUUAUUUCCUCAAUCACUUAAAAUGCCACUUGAACAACAAAAUGAAUAAAAAAUUCACAAGCAUUGGCAUAAUGGAAGAGGAGACAUCAGACAAGGAAACCAGUGGAUGGCUGAUAAGUGAUUUCACAUAAAAGGUAAUUGAAAUGAUGGUAUAAGCCAACAAGAGGUAAAAUUCUAGAUAGGCUUAGUAGUUGAAGAUACAGUUUCUUCUGAAGCCAACAGUGCAGGGUUAGGCUAAAAUUAGGAUUGGUUUUGAAAAUCUUUAAAACACAGGGCAAGGGGAAGAUGGCUGCAGUGCCAGUUUUCAGUUUCCCAAGUCCCCACAUAACAGCAAUUGGAUGGCAAAAUCAAAACCCCAUGAAUACCAUCUGUAACAUCCAAAUGAAGACAAGCUACCAACAGCUGGGACACCACAAGACACUGGCAUCUAUCCAGGUGAAGUAGACAGAUGAAGGGCCAUUUUUGGGCCUGAGGACAGAAUGUUAGAAUAACCCUUGAUAAUGCACAGCAGACAACACUAUAACAGCAUUUGAAUUUGGGAGAUGCAUUGCCCUUCCAGUGAUGAGUGAGUGCAAGACACUUUAAUAAGUAAAGGCUAAACUAGAAGGGACACAAGCACUACAGAUAAUUUCUUAAACUAGGUAAAACUCAGGAAUGGAAAAUAUUUUUUAAAACUAGAAAGUGACAUUGAAGAUAAGGGAAAGAGCAUAUGGAGUCGAAAAUUCCAGAAAACUUCACUAAUUAUUUAAGGGAAACCUUUUAAAGUAUAGUCUUGGGGAUGGGUAUUUGUGGUGUGAUGGAUUAAGUUGCACUAUUUAAAUGCCCACAUCCUAUAUCCAAGUGCCUGCGAUCAAGUCCCAUCUCUGCUUCCAAACCAGUUGUAGAUGGCAGCUGGGAGGCAGUAGAUGAUGAGCUAAGCACUUGACUCCCUGCUGCCUGUGCAGGAGACCUGAAGUUCCUGGUCUGGCCUUUCCCUAGUAGUUGUAAGCAUUUGGGGAGCAAAUAGAUCUCUCCCUCUAUUUGUCACUCUGCCUUUCAAAUAAAUAACCUUUAAAGAAUAAACUGCAUUCUUGUGGUUGAUGUAGUGGUUAAGAUACCACUUGGGAUGCUUGCAUACCAUGUUUGUGUGGGAUCAUGUUGGGCUCUGCUUCCAAUUCUAGCUUCUUACUAUGUACCCUGAGGCAGCAAGUAAUGGCUCCACUACUUGGGUCCCUGCUACCCAUGUAGGAGACCUGAAUUAAGUACUGGACUUCCUGCCCUAGCCUGACCCAGUUCCAGGUGUUAAUAGGCAUUUAGCAAAUGAAACAUCUCUGUCUCUGCCUUUCAAGUAAAAAUUUAAAUAAAACACACUUGUACCUAAUAUGAACCUAGAAUAGUUAGUCAAGGCAUAAAUGAUAAAAGGGAAAAAAAUCCUUGGACUAGGCAGAAACAGUGAUAAAGAAAAAUUACUUGGUGAUGAGACCUUUUCACCAUUUCAUGCCUGAAGAAAAUGGAGUAACAUCUUCAAACUACUUGGGGGAAAAUGAGACUUGAGAUUUAACUCCAACAAAAUUGACAUUCAAGUAUAAACGUAGCAAGACAAGCUUAUCUAACAUACAAAAAUUUGGAAAAGACUCUUUCCUUAAUCUCUUCCUCAGGAUUGUACCAGAAAAUGAGCUCCAGAUAGCCAGGAAUAACCAGAGAAAGAGUGACAUAGAGACUAAUGGUAAGCUUUAAGGAUGAUAACAUCUACAAUUAAAACUAAGUGACAGUAAAAAUGAAAGAGAAUAUCAUAUGCAGAAACAUUCCAUUUCGCUGAUGAUAGUUGUUACUUGAGGACCAUUGUGUCUAUAUAUGGGGGAUAGAAAGUAUGAGAUACAGGCGCACCUUAGAGAUAAUGGGGAUUCAUUUCUAGACUACUGCUAUAGUGUGAAUCACAGGAAAUUUUGGCUUCCUAAUUCAUAUAAAAGUUAUGUUUACACUAUUUUGUAGUCUAUUAAGUGGGCAAUAGCAUUAUAUCUUAAAUUACACAUACUUUAAUUAAAUAUUGGUAAAGAUGCUAAUGCUCAUCUGAGCCUUCAAUAAAUCAUCUUUGUUCUGAUGGAGAAUUUUUCUUCAGUGGUGAUGGAGUAAGCAUGGUAUUUGCUGAAGGUUGGGGUAGCUGUGGCAAUUACAUAAGACAGCAUUGAAAUUUGCAGCACCCAUUGACUCUUCCUUUUCUGAAAGAUUUCUCUGUGGCAUUCGAUGUUUGAUAGCUUGUUACCCACAAUAGAACUUUCAAAUUGGGAUCGAUUCUUUGAAAGUCUGCCACUGCAUUAGCAACAGUUUAGGUAAUAUUCUAAAUCCUUCAGUGUCAUUUCAGCCAUGUUCACAGCAUCUUCACCAGGAGUGGAUUCCAACUCAAAAGACAGUUUUCUAUGCUAAUCCAUAAAAAGCAGUUCCUUGUUCCUUAAAGUUUUACCCUGAGAUUGAAACAAGUCAGCCAAAUCUAAAGAAUCUACUUCUGAUUCUAGUUUCCUGGCUAUUUUCACUACUUGU